AAAAAAAAAAAAAAAGAACAAAAAUCAAGAAACGCAAAACGGCUAACAGGGCAGAGAUUUUGCUAGGAGAAAUCUCCUUGUUGAUGCUGCCUGCGAAGAAGUACACCUGAGAUCCCAGUUGAAACCAUCCAGUGAAUUUUCAAAGUUGUCUAUAAUUUCUACUAGACACGCACGACAAUCCGAAAGUUCUGAAAGCAGCGUUAAAUCACGCAAGGGACGUACUAGCUCUAAUAAAGAUGUUUUCCUCUACUUGGAGUGUAAGAUGAAAAGCCACGACAAUUGUCAAAUGUUCUUAUCCGGAAGAUGCUGCGAGGGAGGAUUUCUCUCUUCCAACGGAAGACUCAUCGUUACGGUUUUAUUUUUUUCUUCUGGAACUUGAGAAAUCUUUGCUCCGAGUGUUUGAUAAUUUGGUCCAUCUUGGUUAAUUAGUUGACAUCCUCAUCCUCGUUGGAACGUAAUUGACUGACAAGAACAACUUUAAGUUUCCAGGAUUCGUAGAGUCCAUCAGGAAGGAUGGAACCCGUUCGAAAAGUGGUGGAAUUCUAAUUCUUAUCCAUUCUUAUCGUGGCUUUCAGGCAAAUUUCUAACGUCAAAUCUUCUGACAUCUCUUAUAGUUGAACUAUAAACAGCGGUGUUUGUUUAAACCAGAUAUAAAGUUGAACCAGAACUUGAUAUAUUUGUCUGCUGUAGAAUUUCAGGCCUCGCUCUCAUAUACAACAUCAGUGGGAUCAAAUUGUUCAAAAUAUUGAUACUAAAUGCAAUUGCAUUCUAGUAGGUGAUGUUCUCUUGUAUACAGAAUGCAAAGUUCUCUUUUAUACAUUCUGUAAACCUGGCAAAUCGCUGAAAAUCUUUCGUAAACAGUUUCUAUCUCUCAAUUCGCAGACGAUAUCUGAUUAUUUACACCAAAUUGUCAUUCUGCCACAAACUCCUUGGAAGAAGCUAUCAGCAAAAAUCUGUCCGACAUUGGCCUUCAACUUGAUGCUGUAAGACUGCCUCGUUCCAUUGAUUGUUAACAACUGAGAAUAUAAAAUAUUUCCUGCUUUCUUAUUUUCUUCGUGUUUCGGCGUCUGUUAAACUCGCUUUUUUAAAUAAAACUCGCGCCGCCGCAAGUUAAUGAUUGCAGCGCCACCACACGGUGAAAUAGACGUAAUAGACUUUCUACGAUUCUCGAAACGUAAUCGAUAUUUCGCACGAUCGAUUUUUAACCGGGAAGCAUGGCGGAAAGGAGCACAUCCCGUCCGUAAAGAAGGAAAUGUUAUCCAGAAGAAGAAUCAGCCAGAUAAAAGUGUCAUCCAGACGUUCAGAGGUAAAAAUUUAACUCGAUAGUUGUUAGAUUUGUGCCUGCAUCGUGAAUUUUUUAAGAUAAAACGUGCAUUUUUGGCUUCAACUCGAGAUAAGAAUUUAGCCAAACGAUUGUUGCACACAAUUUUCAACAAUUGAAGAAAUAAUAGCAUAUAGACGUUUAAACAGAACGUGCCAUGCUAAGAGUUACGUAUGAUUUUAUAUCAAAAUUUAAUUUCAAUUCUAACCAGAACAAAUAUUGCGAUCUUGUAAUUGAUUAUCUUGAUUUUGACUAACUUCUUAUAAUACAUAUACAUAUAUAUAUAUAUACGUACAAUAUGCUUUUUCUUUUAUCGUAACAAUUUCUAUUCAUUCUUUGAUCGACCUAAUACCGCGUAAUUCUUAACGAUACUAAAUUUUAAAUACUAAAUUCAACGAUAAUUUAAUAAUUUCGAUAAUUUAGCAGCUUCAUCGCAAGUGAUUGUAUUUUGUGGGAAAUACAGCGCGACUAACAGCUCCCCCAACGGUGAAAUACGGAAUAGACUUUCUACGAUUCUCGAGAACGUAAUCGAUAUUUUUGGCGAUCGAUUUUUAAGCGGGAAGCAUGGCGGAAUGAAGCACCUUUAAAGGAGGAAGUAAGCGCUGAGGUAAAAAUUUAAAUCAAUAGUUGUUAGAUUUGUGUUUGUUAUAAAUUUUUAAGAUGAAACGUGGGGAAUUUUUGACUUGA